AUGACUGGGUUUCCUCCAUUAAAUGAUAAAGGGAAAGAGUAUAUUACUGAUAAUGAAAAUAGGAAAGAAAAACAUUCUUCAAGAAAGGUAGAAAGAGAAGAAAUAAUUGUUGAUGGGAAAGUUUCUAUUGCAUCUUUGAGUAAUAGUGGAUCUUCAAGAAAGGAAAAAAGGUCAUCAAAAAAGUUAAAUAAAGCAGAUAUUGAUGAAUUAAAAAAAGAACAUAAAUGGGAUGAUCUUAUGAACCAAAUUAUUAGAAGUGGAGAAACAAGAACAGUUUCAAAAGACAAAGCCCAAGAAACAAGAAAAAAGAAAUGUGCUGUUAUGAAAGAGCUUGUAUUAACAAAAGAAACUCCUCGUAAAAAAAUUGCUGAUAAAAAGAAAGAAUUUACACCAACAGCUUAUUUAGGAUGGACUCCAUUUAAAAAUUCAACUAUUGUAUGGGAAGCCUAUGGCAAUGAAAUUAACCCCAAAAUACUAAAACAAUAUUCAUUAAUGCCAUCUAUGAUGAUAUUUUAUGAAACAAAUGUAGCAACAUUUGGAACAUAUGAAGUUGAGCCUCCAAUGUUAAUAAAUGAAAAAGUUGUCUUUAGACAAAAAUAUACAGUGUUUGUAAUUGACCAUUCAAAAAGAUUAGAAAAAAGAUUAAAAAUUACAAAUGGAGAUGCUAAAGUUGGUCAUGAUGUAAUUAUUGCAUCAGGAAAUCAUACUAUUACUGAAAUGAGUGAAGGAUUAGCUAUUUAUCUUAAACACCUCCCACCAUAUCAUAAUGAAGAUAUUUUCUAUCAAAACAGUUACCAUUACAUUAAGUCUAUAAUCGUAGCUUCAUUUUACGAUUAA